AUGCACUUCACCUACCUUUACUUUUGCUCAGGUUGCUGCUGUGGAGAAGAGAAUGUGGAGACCCUGACUGAACAAAAGGUUUCUGGAAGAUUUUCACAGGCAAGGAAUCCCAAGUUAGCAUUGUCUUCCCAGAAGAGCCACCCCUGUGAGAGUUGUGGGCUAGUCCUGGGAAAUAUUUUCUGCGUGAUGGAGCUGCAGGGAACACAACACAGACAGAUACUGUUGAGGUGUGGAGCGUGUGCAAAAAGAUUUUCGUUGUGUGCAACAUUUCACCAGCAGCAUGUGAGAGAGCAGACUUACAUUAGAAUUCCGGAAAGGAUGUCACUUGCCAACAGCUGCAAUUUCACUGUGUCCCAGAAUCAUUUCACCUGUGGGGAGGUUGGGCAGAGUGUCCUUACUGAAUCUGGACAUCUCUACCUACAGGCUUCUCAGACCGGGGACAGUCCAACUGCUAUUUUGAUGCGUGGGAUGACGUUUCAAAGUAGAAAAAACUAUUUCAGCAGAAAAGAAUGUAAGAAAGACAUUAGUUGCACCCACACGUUUAUUCAGGAAAAAGAUUUCCAUCUUGGAAGUGGGUGUUGUGUGUGUUCUGAAUGUGGAAAAUUUUUUACCAAAUUUUCUGGCUUUCAUUAUCAACAGAGUGGUCACACUGUAGAAAAGCAUUACAAAUGCAGUGAAUAUGGUAAAUCUUUUACCGCUAAGAACAUCCUUCAGCAACAUCAGAGAGUUCAUAUGGGAGAAAAGCCUUGUAAAUGCAGUGAAUAUAGGAAGUCUUUUACUCAGAGCACUACCCUUCAUUUUCAUCAGGGAGUUCACACUGGAGAAAAACCUUAUCAAUGCAGUGAAUGUGGCAAACCUUUUACCACUAAGACCCACCUUCAUCGACAGCUGAGACUUCAUACAGGAGAAAACCUUUAUAAAUGCACUGAAUGUGGAAAAUCUUUUACACGGAGUACUUGUCUUCAUGAUCAUCAGGUGGUUCAUACAGGAGAAAAGCUUUAUCAUUGUAGUGAAUGUGGGAAAUCUUUUACCCGGAGCCCUACCCUUCGUAUUCAUCAGAGAGUUCAUACAGGAGAAAAGCUUUAUCAUUGUAGUGAAUGUGGGAAAUCUUUUACCCGGAGCCCUACCCUUCGUAUUCAUCAGAGAGUUCAUACAGGAGAAAAGCCUUAUAAAUGUGAUGAGUGUGGUAAAUCUUUUUCCCGGAGCACUCACGGUAAUCUUCGUUUUCAUCAGAGAGUUCAUACAGGAGAAAAGCCAUAUCAAUGCAGUGAAUGUGGAAAAUCAUUUACCACUAAAACCACCCGUGAUCGACAUCAGAGAGUUCAUACAGGAGAAAAGCCUUAUAAAUGCAGUGAAUGUGGAAAACCUUUUAAGCGUAGAAAUAGUCUCCUAUAUCAUCAGAGAGUUCACACUGGAGAAAAGCCUUAUCAAUGCAGUGAGUGUGGGAAAUCUUUUACCACUAAAACCACCCAUGAUCGACAUCAGGUAGUUCAUGCAGGAGAAAAGCCUCAUCAGUGUAGUGAAUGUGGGAAAUGUUUUACCCAGAGCACUACCCUUCGUAUUCAUCAGAGAGUUCAUACGGGAGAAAAGCCUUAUAAAUGUUUUGUGUGUGGGAAAUCUUUUUCCCGGAGCACUUACCUUCGUUACCAUCAGGUACUUCAUACAGGAGAAAAGCCUUAUAAAUGCAGUGAAUGUGGAAAAUCUUUUACCCAGAGCGGUACUCUUCGUUUUCAUCAGAGAGUUCAUACAGGAGAAAAGCCAUAUCAAUGUAGUGAAUGUGAUAAAUCUUUUACCACUAAAACCAUCCGUGAUCGACAUCAGAGAGUUCAUACAAGAGAAAAGCCUUAUAAAUGCAGUGAAUGUGGAAAACCUUUUAAGCGUAGAAAAAGUCUCCUAUAUCAUCAGAGAGUUCACACUGGAGAAAAGCCUUAUCAAUGCAGUGAGUGUGGGAAAUCUUUUACCACUAAGUCUGGCCUUCAUCGUCAUCAGAGUGUUCAUACUGGAGAAAAGCCUUAUCAAUGCAGUGAAUGUGGAAAAUCUUUUACCCAGAGCAGUAAUCUUCGUUUUCAUCAGCGAAUUCAUACAGGAGAAAAGCCAUAUCAAUGCAGUGAAUGUGGAAAAUCUUUUACCCAGAGCGUUAAUCUUCGUUCUCAUCAGAGAGGCCAUACAGGAGAAAAGCCAUAUCAAUGCGGUGAAUGUGGGAAAUCUUUUACCCGGAGCAUUGCCCUUCGUUACCAUCAGACAGUUCGUACAGGAGAAAAGCCUUAUAAAUGCAGUGACUGUGGAAAAUCUUUGAAACGUAGAAAAUGUCUCCUAUAUCAUCAGAGAGUUCACACUGGAGAAAAGCCUUACCAAUGCAGUGAAUGUGGGAAAUCUUUUACCAAGAGCACUCAUCUUCGUUGUCAUCAGAGAGUUCAUACAGGAGAAAAGGCAUAUCAAUGCAGUGAAUGUGGAAAAUCUUUUACCAAGAGCUCUUUACUUCAUCGACAUCAGAGAGUUCAUACGGGAGAAAAGCCUUAUAAAUGCACUGUAUGUGGGAAUUCUUUUAAAAGCAGCAGUGGUCUUCAGUAUCAUCAGAGAGUUCACACUGGAGAAAGCUAUAAAGAGUGCAAUUAAUGUGAGGUAUCUCUCAGCCAAAUUUCUAAAUUCCCUCUCCGCAUAAGAGUACAAAUGGGAGAAAUUUCUUAAAUGUGUAGGAAAUGUAGUUUCUUAGGACUUAACAAUAGUACAAGAAAAUUUGUGAGUCCUCAUUUUUCUGAAUUGUAUCAUACAUUUAAUCACCUACAGUAUGUAAAGUUCCCAUAAGUGUUUUUCUGUUGUGUUUCUGUGUUUUUAUGUUGGAACACUAUGUAAUUAUGUUGCACGCUCUAAUAUAUAGGAUGUAAUGCCAGAUCUGUGUCACUGCAUAUUUCUGUUGCUGAAGGUAAUUCACCUGAACCAUCUAUAAGGUCCCUACAGAUGGCAUCAGUCACCAUCCUCCCGUGCCCAGGGAUGCCAAGUCAGACUCUAAUUUGUUGACGGAAAUGAGGAAUACCUGAGUCCUUAGUUCUUUCUUCUUUCCCUGUCUUGUGUUGCCAAUUAGGACUCAUUACAGUUGGCCGCAGUAAACAUAAUGUUGCAGAGGGCCUGCCAUUUUCAGGAACACACUUUCCCUAGAUGCUAAUGAUGAGUUUAUUGCGUGCCUAAUUCAUCAACGGAAGAACUGCCAGUCUCAUGUCUCUAUGGAUUGUAAAAUAAUGAAGGCUUUUUCUUAAGAAUUCUUUAAUCUGGGGUGUUCUAUUUACUCGAUAGGUUAGUUUAUAAGGAGAUCUGGGCUUUCCAAGCAUGAAGAGGUGAGAAACUUUUAGGGGGUCUCAAACAUUUUUGCCCACGGGGCAACAGUAUGGUUCAGAAAUUAGUUCUGCAGUUUUUGGCAAAUUUACACUACUGCCCAUAUUUUUCUAGGAAACACUGUGGACACUCUACUUCUCAUGUGAAUAUGGAUGCUUUGACACAUAGAGAUCACUCCAAAGAGAGUGUAGCUGUGACAACCUCAAGUGUGUCUGGAAACAUGAAUUUUUUUCUUGUUUGCAAGUGAUGCCAAUACGUAUGAAGUGAAUCUCUUACCCAGGUCUUGCAAAGGGACAUAAGCCCUAAUGCCUACAAUAUCACGGGUGAUGGUCACUGGUUUGAGGACCAUCGCAUUCAGGGGGAACCCUUUCACUACAGAAACACUGACCUGGUUGUGGUUGGAUGAGACUGCACUCCUUUAGAUGGAAUGGUCCUCACCUAACUAUGCAUCCGGCAUUAUUUUUAGGAAAAGACUACAAUUGCUGUGUGUACACAGAUCUGAGGGACUCCAGGCUUGUUUAUCUUCUGUGAAGCAGUCAUUGUCAUUGAUUACAAUCAAGAUGUUUUGUUGCUCCUGUAGCUUCUCAGAAGUUCCCAUCAGAGCCAUUGGUGCACUGGCAUCAAAAGAAAGAUGAGAGACAACGGCUGUCUUUAGUUCAAGAAUGUGGCUUUUGUGGGUUUGGGUGAAAGUUCUUCAUUGUUUAUUAUAUUUUCUGUCACUAAGUUGAGACUCUCACCCAGAGGGCAUGAGAAUAUGGAUUGAAUAUAGAGUUGCCAAACCUGUUCUUCCAAAAUAGCUGAACGUACAUUUGUUUUAUCUUGAACCAUUUUUAACAGCUAUGAGUAAAUUACAUGUGUUUCAGAAAUCGUGACAUGUGUGUGAAACUGAAACCAUCAUCUUAUGUAAUUAAAGAGAAACAUGCAAA